AUCUAUACAUUGUUUUUCAAUCAUUUCGCAGACCUCAUUGUCAAGAGUUUUGUAUUUAACUUGACUGUGCCCUUCUGUACAUAUCAGAAUCAAAUUUCCUCCUAGAUGUUUCUUGCUUUUUUUUGUAGCAGAUAUCUUCAGCUAAUUAUCCAAUUCCAUCGCGGUGUACUUCAGCGGUGAAUCCAGGACUAGGUAAAACUCUUAAAAUUUCGCUUGUUUGGCACAAAUUUGGCUUUUCCUUUGCAGUAGGUGCAUUUCUGUUUCUUGUGCUAAGAGAAAUAUGUCUUUCAAGUAUCCAGAAGCUCGGAGAGAUGAAACAGUGAAAGACAGCUACUUCGGAACUGAAAUCACUGAUCCUUACAGAUGGCUAGAAGAUCCAGAUGCUCAAGAAACCCAAAAAUUUGUUGAUGAUCAAAAUGCUGUUACCAGACCAUACCUAGAAGGGUGCGUUUACAAAGAAGAGAUGAAGAACAAGAUAAAGAAAUUGUGGAAUUAUACCAAAGUUUCAGCCCCUUUUAGGCAUGGGAAUAGGUAUUUUCAAUACCGGAACACUGGUCUACAAAACCAAAGUGUUAUCUAUGUACAAAAAGACUUAGAUAGCGAAGCUAACGUAUUCCUGGACCCAAACCUAUUGUCAGAAGAUGGUACUGUGGCUCUUUCUGGAACUGCAUUCUCAGAAGACGGUAAAACUUUUGCUUAUGGUUUGAGCAGUAGCGGGUCGGAUUGGCUGGAAAUCAAGUUUAAAGACGUUGAAACGGGUAAAGAAUAUGAUGAAAUCUUGAAAAAGGUUAAAUUUUCGCCAAUGACCUGGAUGCAUGAUAAUAAAGGCUUCUUCUAUGGAGCUUAUUUGGAUCAAACUGGAAAGGCUGACGGUUCUGAAACAAAGUCUAACGAGAAUCAGAAACUGUAUUACCAUGAACUUGGCAGCGACCAGUCUAACGAUAUUGUGGUUGUUGAAUUUGAUGAUCCUCAGUUACGUAUUGGUGCACACGUGAGCGAUUGUGGGAAUUAUCUAGUAAUAUCAGCAACAAAAGGUUGCAAAAACAACCUACUAUAUUUCGCGAAACUUAACACCGAGAAAAUUUCCGGAAAACUGAAACUGACAGAAGUUGUGGGCGAAUUCACCGCCGAUUAUGAGUAUAUAACCAACGAUCAAAAUAUUUUCUACUUUCACACGAACAAAAACGCAUCGAAUUACCGUAUUGUUAGUAUCAAUUUUGAUAAUCCUGUAGAGUCUGAAUGGAAGGAUCUGAUUUCUGAACAUUCCAAGGAUGUUCUUGACUGGGCUCACGCUAUUAAUGAAGAUAUGUUAGUCGUAUGCUACCUCCAAGACGUGAAGAAUAUUUUGCAAUUAUAUGAUCUCAGAACUGGUAACAAACUCCACGAUUUUAAGUUGGACGUUGGAACAAUUUCGGCGAUCUCGGGAAAAAAACACCAUAAAGAAAUGUUCUACUGUUUCUGCUCAUUUCUCACGCCAAAUAUUAUUUUCAGGGUUAACUUUGACGUAAACGGUUCGAUUAAAGAAUCGCUGUUUCAUGAGACUAAAGUUGGCAAGUUUGAACCAUCAAAGUAUGAAACCAGACAAGUAUUCUACAAAAGCAAAGAUGGAACUGAAAUUCCCAUGUUUAUUAUAAACAAAAAGGGUCUAGUGAACGAUGGAACCAAGCCUUGUCUCCUCUACGGGUAUGGGGGUUUCAAUAUCAACCUCACCCCUUCGUUCGUCGUUUCGCGCUUGAUUUUUAUCGAAAAUUUCGAUGGUGUUUACGCCUUGGCUAACAUACGCGGAGGAGGGGAAUAUGGUGACAACUGGCACAACGCUGGUCGUUUUGGCAACAAGCAGAACUGCUUUGAUGAUUUCCAAUAUGCUGCGCGGUACCUCGUCGAAAAUAAGUACACCAAUGUGGACAAACUCAUAAUUCAGGGCGGUUCAAACGGCGGAUUACUGGUGGCAGCUUGCAUUAAUCAAGCACCAAAUCUGUUUGGAGCAGCUAUUUGUCAAGUGGGAGUUUUAGAUAUGUUGCGUUUUCAUAAGUUCACGAUCGGGUAUGCUUGGAAGUCGGAUUAUGGGUGCUCAGAGGAGCAGGAGCAGUUUGAGUACUUGUAUAGGUAUUCGCCUUUGCAUAACAUCAAUCUGCCGAAAAAUGGGCAGUAUCCGGCAACUCUUCUUUUGACUGCUGAUCAUGACGAUCGUGUUGUACCUCUACACUCGUUGAAGUUUAUUGCAGAAUUGCAAUAUAAAAUUGGGAAAUUGGCAAGCCAGACGAAUCCGUUAAUGAUCAGGAUAGAGACCAGAGCAGGACAUGGGAAAGGCAAACCUACCUCAAAAGUGAUUGAAGAAGUUACUGAUACAUUCUGCUUCAUCUCAAGAGCUUUGAAUCUUACCUUUUUGUCUUAAGUUUGUUUACCAGUAAGAGUUCCGUCGUAGAUACAAUGUUCAAAUUUUGUUGACGGCUUGAUCCCCCGGGAUUAAUGGCGUCUUUUGUUUUUUUUUUCAGGCAUUUAAUAAUUUUGGAGUUUGUACAUUAUGCCAUAUUCUAAGAUGUUGCCAUUUCUACUUAAGUGAACCAAGCUUGUUACCACUAUGUUGUUAUGAUGUAACGUGUUCUUAGCCCCUUUUUUUUGUAUCAAUAAAACUUUGAUUCUGAAA